AUGUCAUUAGAUAAUUCAAAGUUAUAAGAUUAAUAAGAAGAUAUAAGAUCAAAUGAUUAUUUAUCUGAAUUUUAAUACAAAAAGAAUCGACCAUCAUAAAAAGAUUGGUCAAAUAGAACUAAUAAACCAUUAAAUAAUAAUAAAUUGUAAGAAUAAAUACAAAGUGAAUUCUUAAGCAAACCAUAAAGUUAAAAGGAGGCAUAAAUUUAACAUAAAAAAAAUGAUACAAUUUAAUUGUAUCCUUCUCAAAAAACAAAUUCAAAUAGAAAUUCAUUGGCUGAAUAAGAAAAAUAAGAAAUUUAGUUUCAAUUAAAUUAAAUAAAAAAGGAGUAGGAAAAUUAAAUACAAUCAUAAGCUCGUAAGAAUUCACAACUUAAAAUUUAGCCUGUUUUCAAUAUCAAUAUCUAAAUUACUAAAAUUUAUCCUAGAUCUUCAAAAUCUUUAGAUGUUGCUUAGAAUUCAUACAAUAGAACAGAGAAAGAAUUAAAGUAGUUAAAACCAAUUCAAUAAAUUUAAUCUAAUAUAUUCUAAUCAUAAAGCAGGGAAAUUAUCAAUAGAAGUUCAAAUAAUCAAACCCAAAUUUCAGAUUUUGAUAAAGUCAAUUCAGUGAUUUACCCCAGCCAAUCAUAAUUAAGAACUUAUGAAAUUAGAUUUGGAAUGUAGAAUGAUCCUAAGUUAUAAGAGAAACAGGAUAUUUUAUCUGAUAUUCAUGAAUAAUUAAAAUAAUUGACUAUUACAUCAAGUAGUAAAAAACAUUCAAUUUUGGAAGAUGCUCUUUAAUUGUGUUUAUUGUUAUUGCCAGAUUUAAGAGGAUUUGACCGACAUAUUAUUUCAAAAUAAUUUUAUGAAAAAAUGAAGUGUGUGUAUUAAUUAGAAAGAAAUUAUUAAGCAUUUGUAAGAAGGUAAAUAUUAUAAUUAAAUAAAUAAAUAGAUUCUAUCAUUUAUCAAUAUUUUCAGAAAGUUGGACUACAUAAAAUAUAUCAAAGAUGUGUGAAAUAAUAAUGAAAAAUUAAUAGAGUACACUUUAAUCAUAUCAUAUAAUUUAUAAUAUAAAAGACAAAACAAUUGAAUUCCCAUCACAAAAUUCGAAUAAGAAGAUACCUGAAAAACCUAAAGCAAUUCAAUAAAUAAUACAAAAUUAAUAAAAAAAAAGAAUUGUUUUAUCAUGUAAACAAUUUAUUAAUAAUUAGUAACUACUAAAACACUUUCUUAAUAUGUAAAUCUUUCUGCUAAGGAAAUUGAUGAAGAUAUUUAAGAAUUUGAUGAUGAAUUGUAAUUUGUUGAAAUGAUUCUGAAAUUAAUUCCUCUCGCUUUAUGA